AUGGUCGCAUUGGACACAGACACUUUGCUUUGCGACGAUGUGCCGCAAGAAUUCUCGGAGACGGCCGUGAACACUUUCUUGCUCGUCAUCUUGAUUUUGAGUGUUUUGGGUAAUAGUGCUGUCUGUAUAAUAGUUUCACGACACUAUCAAUUACACACGGUGACCAACGCUUAUUUUGUGAAUACUGCAGUAGUUCAGUUCCUCUUUGCAUUGUUUUCAAUACCACCGUAUCUAAGAGCAGUGUCGCUGAGCAAUGGAUCCCUUUUGUCCAAUCAAUGGCUCUGCGUUUUUAUUGGAUUUUUCUUCGAGUGGUUCGCCGCACUUUCGAACCUUGCUCUUACACUUAUGACUAUUGAACGGUACUACGUGGUAAAACAUUCAGGCAGUAAAAAAAUUUCUGCAAAAAAAACGGGAAUGGUUAUAUUUAUUGCAUCUUUAUGGGCCCUGGUUUUUGCUGUUGUGUGGGCUGUAUUAGAAGAAAAAUCAGCUAAGGAUCAGUGUUCAACAGCUCUAAAUGUUUCUUAUGCACUUGUUUGUUUUCCUUUAUUAAGCUAUCGAGGCAAAGAAACAUUAAGGAUUUUCAACAUAACCUAUGUGAUCAUUUGUCUUUUACUUCCGACGACCUUAAUGGUUUCAUUAUUCUUAAAAAUGUCCAGGACGCUUAGAACAGGUACUCACAGUAUACGACCUUUAGGUGUUGGCAAUCAGCGAACGAUUCGCUUUUUCGCGGAACUUAAAACUGCUCGCACUAUAUUUUUUAUAUCGAUUCUUCACCUUUGUUGCUGGUUGCCAAUUUGUGUAGUGUCGUUAUACAUCUCGUUACAUCGACAGCCUGAACCAGCUGGCCUCAAAAUAACGAAGGUAAAAGCAUUAAUCGUAUGCCUCGCCUUCACGUCUUCAUGUGUUAAUCCACUGAUAUAUGCGUUGCGAAAUCCCCGUUUGAGCUUCAUAUUUAGACAGAUAAAGCGACGCAGGAAAAAGAGAGUUCACUUUAACAGCAAUCAAGAAAAG